UCCGGCUUGCUUCUUCGCCACUCUCCCCGGAGCGAUGCUGGGCGGCCAUGGAGGCCCUUAGCGUCAAACUCUUCUUUAGGGUUUCGGCCUCCCACGUCCCCAGAAACCCUAAGGCCACUCCCUCCCACUUUAAUCCCUCCUCCACCACCCAUUCCAAACCCUCGCCGCCCUCAGUCUCCUUCAUUGACCCUCCAAGAAGACCCCCGCCCCUCAAAACCCUAGAAACCCCACCCAAUGCCCAUCCCAUCGCCCCUUUCUGCCUCCUCCUCCUCCCAAUCUUCCACUCCUUCGGGGAUUUCGUCUUCGCUUGGAUGCCAAAGUUUCGAUCUUGGCUCAAAGGCGGUCUUGUCGGGGAUGAAGGGAUAUGUGGGAACGAUUUGCUGUGCUGCGGUGGGAUUGGGAUGAUGCUGAUGAGCACCACGACGGCGUUGUCGAAGGCCCGGGUUAGCCCAUUUUUGUCGACGCUGGCUGGGAACCCGACGUUCGUGGCGGGGCUCGUGGCAUGGGCGAUGGCGCAGACUAUAAAAAUGCUUUUGAACUUCUUUGUGGAGCGGAGGUGGGACUUCGGGAUGCUGUUUAGUUCCGGGGGAAUGCCGUCAUCGCACUCGGCGCUGUGCAUGGCACUGACGGCGUCAGUGGGCCUGUGCCAUGGGGCGGCGGACUCGUUGUUUCCUGUGUGCCUUGGUUUCAGCCUCAUUGUUAUGUAUGAUGCCAUUGGGGUGCGGCGGCAUGCUGGGAUGCAGGCAGAGGUGCUUAAUAAGAUCAUUGAGGACUUGUUUCAAGGACAUCCUAUCAGUGAAAGAAAGCUUAAGGAGCUUCUAGGUCACACUCCAUCACAAGUCAUUGCUGGGGCUCUUCUAGGCAUCUUGGUUGCCUGUGUUUGCUGUCAAGGAUAUGCUAUUGCUGUUUAAGUUGCUCUGUCAGGGUGAAUUUUAUACUUAAGCAGAAUGAGGAUGCAGAACAUAUACCUGUACAGAUAACUUGGAGUUUAGUUACCAACAAUUCGUUUCAGAGUGUGGCUUCUUCCUUGGAGUUCAACUGUGGCGCCAAAAUGAUUACUCUUUGGUAUCAUAUCUAGUCUCUGCCUAUCAAUUUUUAUAUCAUGACUCAUUGAUCACUAGAUCUUAGUUGGAUCUUUCCAUGUAGUAAUGCAAUCUCAGCUUCCCUGCACCAAAUUGGAUGUACCACUGAUAUAGAUUGUUGGCUGUCGAGUAGUGCACAUCAUGUUGGGAUUUUGAUCAUGUUAUAACCAAGAAUGCUAUUACGGAUGAGGUUUUCACUUGGGGGAUGCUAGAUUUAUCAUGAUCGAGACGAUCCUUUUUCGAGACCCUCUCCUAGAAACCAAAAAAGUGUAGUUGAUAAGGGCGGAAAAAAUAACAACAGGAGAGUUGAACAAAGAGAACUUUGAAGAUCUCAUGAAGAAAAAAGAGAUACCAUGAAGAAUUUGAAUUGCAAAUAGUUGCUGAGCUUGUGUUCCAACAAAUGACCGAUUAGGCAUAAUGAUCGUUUCUAUUGAUGAUUGCACAUCUAAUGACCGCACGAGAUCUCCCUGCUGGUCCCUGUUGUGUAGGAUAACUCUAAAUAAUAUUAGUAUUAAAGUUAUUAUUCAUCAUCCUUUUCCCCUGUGCUGCUGUAUGGAAGCGCACCGAAGGAAGUAUGGUAGCGGGAUGAGUCCGUAGCCAUUAGCGGAUGGCGUGCGUUUAAACGACAAGUAGGCAACCAUUUACGCCUUCCUAUUUGAGUGAGUGUGGUCUAACGUCGUAUGAGAAUCCUCUAUUUUUUGUCUGUCAUUUAACUGAUCCGAGUCCCCGUCUAUUGAUUCAUCCGUCCCAUCCGUAUUGUACAACUGGGUUAUCUUCACAGGCUAUUGAUUGUUUCAGUUGUGGUUGUACUCCUUAACACGCUUUGAGUGAACUGAGGUUGGCCUGGGCGUGUGUGAGCUUCGCACAGCGUAUCUUGAAAGGCGAUUUCAUCCGUUGGGGUUGUCUCGGUGAUCGGAUGGAUCUAGAGACAGAUAUGCACCCUCUAUAGAGUGUGAAAAGAUAUAUCUUUUUGUGCGAGACGUAUAUAUCAUAAGACUAAUGGGGCAGCAGACUGAAUAACCUUCUUCAUUGUUGAGCAUUCUAGCGAGAAGCUCUGUAUCAUCUUCACCUCAGUUCUGAGAAAUAUUUUGGAAUAUUUUAUUUCUGAUCUUUUUUGAUAUAUUCAUACUGAAAUGAUGAGAAUCAUCCGUCUUGGCAAAAAAAAAAUAAAAAAA